GACAUUAGAUGUCAAUAAACACCGAGGAUGUGAAGUUGAUAUCCUUCCCAAUCUUGGCGAUUUCCUUAUGGUAUUUAUUGCAAUUCAAUACCAAGCAAGGCUUCUCCCGGAUUCCAUGGUUAUAUUAGCUGAACAACAUGGAAGAAACACCUGACAAUGCAUCAAUAGCUCUGUAUAGGUAUAUGUGUCGUAAUAUUGUUGGAACAGAAAAGCACGUAAAAACAAUCAGAAUGAUGAGCAAUGUCAGAGACAAUUUACAAUGCGCCGACCAUUGGACAAUUAUCACUAGUGGAAGUCAUGGAGAAGGACUUGUAAUGCGAGGCAGUGAUUUAGAUCUCAUGCACGUUUGUAAAAUUGCCGAGGUUUGUGAAGACACAAACAUUAAUUUCAAUCCAAAUACAACGUAUUUUACAAUAGAAGAAGAAGAUACACAGACAGGUUUCCCUCUGCUAUGUCUUCGGUAUCAUAAAGGUCCAUUUGUCUUUGAAAACUGUUUAGAGGAGAUAAAAGGUCGUUACUACCUUUCAAAUGUUACAUUUAAACAACAAUUUAUAAACAAAAUGUAUCCGACUAUUCAUGGCCCAUGUUUAUCCGACAAACAUGGCUUAUUUGACUUUGCAUACUGCCUUCGUUGUAAAUCAUGGGUAACACAAUCGAAGCAAUGGAUAAUACGAUCAAACAACUCGUGGCCAAGUGCCGAUGUUAAGGCGUCAAUUAUAAAACACGGUGUUCUAUUUGUACCAAUAGGUGUUAAAGGGUCUACAAAAGAAGAAUUAGAAUGGCGAAUUUCGUUUUCUGUGGGAGAGAAACUUCUCAUUUAUACUUUUACACAUACACAGUUACUAUGUUAUGCUCUUAUGAAAAUUCUUCUCAAAGAUGUUAUAGCUAUUGACGUAAAUUGUAAAGAUUUACUAUGUUCAUAUUUCAUGAAAACUUUAAUGUUUUGGAUAUCGGAGGAAUUACCUACAUCAAUAUGGGAACCCGCAAACUUGAUAUCUUGUUUUUUGAGAUGUUUUCGUAGACUUCUGUAUUGUGUAGAAUUUUCAGUUUGUCCUCAUUACUUCAUUCCUGAGAACAAUUUAUUUGAAAAUAAGAUAAAAGGACGCGCACGUGAAACACUUUUAAGUAAGUUGUAUAUUCUAAAUAGUUAUGGUUGGCAAUGCAUCAUCUUUUCAGACCAAAUCCCGAGUUAUCACAGAUUAUCCACUUACAUUAACAAGGAACCAAGUUGUUUAAAUGUUGGCAUCCUCAAAAAAUUAUUUAGUUUUUUAAAUUAUAAUGCAGAUUAUUUUCUGAAUCCUGAUAUCAAACUGGAAAACAGAGUACAUAUGGUGUUACCUAUUUUGAGUUCCAAAAUAAAAUACCUUUACUUGUACUAUAUGUCAAAGUUUUGUAGCAAAAGUAGCCAUUUUCCAGCAUAUAAAAAUAAUUUCGGUAAUAAGUCAACGUAUAAACAGUACAAUACAUGUGUAAGUACUCUGCUACAAAAUACACGACAUGAUGCUGUAUCUGGAUGGUUGAUGUUAGCUUCUUUUUUCUACGGGACAAAACAGUACAAUUUAGCUCUCGACAUCCUCAAAUAUUCUCUAUCUAAAUGUUCACCUGAAAAGCUAAACCUAGCUGCGAAUUGUUCGUCCUUUAAGCGUGAAGUACUAAAUUUGAACUUAUUCAGGAAUAUGCCAUAUGAUCAGCUAUCAAAAUUUAUGAUGAUAAAUUUAUUAGAUAUUCCAAUCAACUCUAUUUUGAUACCUACGGAAUUGAUGAUUGAGGCAGAGGAAAAUUUGAUUCCGCCUGUAGUUUAUGUACAUGCCCUUCGAUUCCUGUGUCAUUACCAUCUUAUGAAUACAAUAGAAUGUUCUAAUUCUCUCCGAGAUCUACAAUUGACUAUAGAAAAAGACUAUUUCAUAGGACAUGCGUAUGGGAAAUCUGUAUCUUACAACAUUUUAGGUAUAACUUUUCAAUUAAUAGGAGAUAUAGAAUCAGCAAAAAAGGCAUUUAUGCAAUCGAUACAAAUUAGACCAAGACCCGAUCAAAAUAGUGCGUUCCAGAGACUGUCGUUGAUUAGUCCAAGGCAAAUGAGAUACAAUUUAAAAAAUUAAAGUUGUCACUGUUUUAAUUAUUGUUUUCCUGUGCUAUUUUCAGGAUUUUUUCUUAUAGCGCAACAAUCCUUGUUUCAUAUCAUCUCCGGUGUAGUUUGUUCCGUGCAAAAAUAAGAAAAGAAGAAAACACUUUUUUUAUAUUCUGUUUUUGAAUCUGUUGGUAAUCUAACACAUGUCAAUAAAUGAUGUUUUAACAGAGGAUGAUA